UACGUAUUCCACGUCACGGAAGUCACAGCGAUGAUGAACCAUUAUCUAAAGCCGAGCUGAGAACUUGGGGUUAUUGGUGUCGUAAUGUUGCAGUACUCUACAGGGGACAGACUCAGGACUGUCUUGGUCUAAAAGAGAGCCGAAACCUCUCGAAAGCGGAGGCGCUGAGUCGCUGGGCGAGCCUGCUGUUUUGCAGGCUAUAGCUCGCUAGUUUAGCAUCCAGCUGCCUUGACGACGAGCUGAGUAACUGAUCUCGAGACAGCCAUCGAGGCAGCUCGCGGUUAUUUCAUUUUACUGUCGCCUUGUAUUGCGUAGCCAUGGCAACUCGGCGACUGACCGAUGCCUUCUUAUUAAUGCGGAACAAUGCAAUCCAAAACCGGCAGAUUUUGGCUGAGCAAGUGAGUACAUACGACCCCCGUCGUACUCUGAAUACACGUAGCAAUGCUGCGGAGUUUGAUGAGUUGGCAGAUGACCGUAUGGCCCUGGUGUCGGGCAUCAGUUUGGAUCCAGAGGCUGCUAUCGGUGUCACGAAGAGACUCCCGCCUAAAUGGGUGGAGGGCGUGGAUGAGAUUCAGUAUGAAAUCACACGUAUUCGUCAGAAGAUGAAGGAACUGGCCAGUCUGCAUGACAAACACAUGAACCGGCCCACGCUGGAUGACAGCAGUGAAGAGGAGCACGCCAUCGAGAUCACUACACAGGAAAUAACACAGAUGUUUCACAGGUGCCAGCGGGCCGUGACGGGGCUCCAGACUCAGAGCCGUCAUUGUACAGAGCAAGAAAACAGGCUGCUGACCAAUGUGGUCUCCUCACUGGCCCAGAGCCUUCAAGAACUGUCCCUCAACUUCAGACACACACAGUCAAGCUACCUGAAACGCAUGAAAAACCGAGAAGAAAGAUCCAAGCACUUUUUUGACUCUGGUCCUCUUGUGGAGGAAGAUGAAGAUAUUGCGCUAUAUGACAGAGGGUUUACAGAGGAUCAACUAGUGCUGGUUCAGGAAAACACUGUGCUGGUCGAAGAGCGAGAGAGAGAAAUUCGACAAAUUGUUCAGUCCAUCUCUGACCUUAAUGAGAUAUUUCGAGAUCUUGCUGGAAUGGUUGUUGAACAGGGCACAGUCCUCGACAGAAUUGACUUCAAUGUGGAGCAAGCUUGUGUCAAAACAGAUGAGGGGCUGCAGCAGCUGCAGAAGGCUGAACAGUACCAGAAGAAAAACCGCAAGAUGCUGGUCAUUUUAAUUCUCUUUGUCAUAGUUGUUGUUCUAAUACUUGUUCUGUUCGGGACAAAGUUUAGGUGAAUCAUUCCAUGUCCUCUAGGAGGGAUCUACCUGUAUGUAUGAGAGAAAUUGAUGUGUGCUUGAGUGGGUAUGCAUGCUAACUUUCAACACCAUUGUUCGAGUGUGGAAAAUUUGGAAGGUGCUUGCUUUUUAAAAUGCUACACAACAAAGUAAAACAAAUAAGGACGCCCCUUCUGGUCCCCGAGCGCAGUGUCUGGAGAUGUUCAUGUUUAAUUCUGUAGUGAAGAGGCAGUUUUAGUACUUGGGUUUCUUUAAGAGGCCCAUUUGUCUUUUUUUCCCACACAGUAAUCAGGAGCGUGGAUGCAGUAUGCAUACCAUGCUCAUCUCAACUGCGCUUGUCAUCUCAUUUGAAGAGUAAACAGGAGGAUAAAAGAUGUUAUCCUUGAAAGAUGAUCAUAUCAGCUUGGGUGAACUAAAAAAAGAAAAGAAUGUAAAAAAGAAUGUAAAAAGAAUUUCCAGAACAUAUUUCAUCCCAAAAUUUGAAGUUGACCUAAAAGCCUUGUUAAUAUUUUUCUUCUUUUUUUUUUUUUUUCAAAUCUCAUUACAGUUAUGCAGAAUUAAAUUAUUUUAAAUCAAAAAGCACAGUUGCAGUAUUACAGUAUUUGUUUACUGUAUAACAGUGGGACAUAUCUAAUGGGAAUCACCAUCACAGACUUGGGUGGGGGGGGGCUUAAUGGUUGUAAAAAAUAAUAAUAAUAAUUUCAUGAUGCAUAUAUUUUGAAUAUUGGGUUCAAUAUCACCUGAAUGUUUUCAAAGAUUCACCCACGUUCUUGGGUUUAAUCAACAUCAGUUGUGAGCAUCUUCAGUGCUUUUGAAUCAGACCUUGCUUGCAGGUUAGGAUGUGUUUGCUCAAUGCAAACCCAAGAUGACAUCAUAAACUCGUGUUUUCCUGUAAUUUAAUCUGAAAAUGUUCGUGUGUGUGUGUGUGUGUGUGUGUGUGUGAGAGAGAGAGAGUGUAUAUCAUUGGGAUUAUGACAUUAGUUCCUCUGCCCACGCCAGCAGAGGUGUUUUAUGCACCAUCAUGUGUUUGUCUUCGUUUUAAUGGCAGUGUUGUCAUUACAUCAGUAUCAUUUCAGUCAGUGAUUUAUUCAGUGUAAAGCAGGAGUGAGUCAUCAAGAUUUUUGCUUUACUCUGUUCUUUGCCUUAAAUUGUGAACAUUUGUGUGCUGAACUUGGAUGUUUUUAAAGCUUUUUCUGUCCAUGUUUCAUUGGCUGGUGUUGUCACUACCGUAUCGUUCAGUCUGACCUUUGAACUUAAACUGAACUUUGACCUUCAGUCUCAGACUGAAGUUCAGUUGGGUCUGCUGACUGUAAAACUACUGUUCCCUGCACAAGAUGAAAUUAUUUAUUUAAGAUGCAAAUAUGUGUACAGAGUUAAUGGAGUUCUAUUGGUAGUCCAGAGUCUUUUUUUUCCCGUUGUAUAUUGUAACGAUUUACUUUUUUCUGUCCUUUCAAAAAUCAAUUCCUGUUGGCUUUUGUGAAGGUUAAUUGUAUCACUACUGUAUGAUGGGGUUAAAUCAUGAAGUCGACUGUGUUAUUUUAUAAAUACAGAGACCGUUUAUUCUUAUGUAAUUUUAGAAGGUUUGAAAAAAGUAUAACUGCACAUUCAAGACUUAAAUCCAUUUCAAGUGAUUUACUCCCUGGUUUUGGCUUGAAACCCAGUGAAUAUAAUAUUUUUCAGCCUUUAUGGUACUAUUGUAUGCUAUCUAAACCUUCUGUAAACGCUGAACAUGUUUUUAAAGAAAUUAAAACAUAUAUAUAUAUAUAUAUAUAUAUAUAUAUAUAAGUUAUGAAAAAUGUAUGUAGUACUGUGUCAGGACUUUAAGCUCAACUGAAACAAUAACUCUAACUAAAUCUCACUAUUUUCUGCUUAACCCUAUAAAGCUGACUGUAUAUAUGUAUUUCUAAAGCCUCUAAAUUACCAGCAUGGUCAAAACUUUACUAAAAAUCCUGUUGUACACCAUCUAAAACAUGCCUGUGUAAUCAACUCUCACUGAUUUACAUUACAAGCUAUUGUAAUUUCAUUUUACAUUUUGGCCAUGUAAAUAACAUCAGCUGAACACAGUUGCAUAUUUUUGCUUAGUUCAGGGCUCUCACAUCAUACUGAGCCAUAAAUGUCUGGUAUAUAUCAAACAUGACACAGAGAGGAAAAAAAACAUAUUUCGUCUAAACGUUCAAUAAAAUUUUAUUUUUUAUUUUUUUCGGACUAUGGUUUCAAGGGUUAAACUGUAUUUGGUCAUAAUUAAAUAGGUGUUAAUGCCACUUACUAUGUGAUAAAACGUGAUGUGAUGCUUUGAUACUGAAUUAUUACCAUAUUCAGAUACCACUGCAACUCCAAGAUACUUCAAGUAAUGUUA